CAUAUUCAUUCUUCCAUAUGGUAUUAGAGCUUUGAUUUCACAACCCUAUUUUUUACCUUCCUUAUAUGUCGACUGCCUAUGCAUCGAUGAUGUCCGUGGUGCCCAUCUCCUCUAUGGUGCAACCUUCUUCUACAUUGGUGGCUUCCUCUCUGCCGCCGCCGCUGCCAACUGCUUCGUUCUUUUCUACACUAUCCUCCAUGCAUGUCUCCACGUCAGUGCUUGUCUUCUCUCUAUCGGAGCAGCCACCGUUCAUGCUACCGCAACAGUCAAGCGGCGCAUCGGUGUCCUCAUAUGCUUUAUUUAAUAUGUUGGAGCCUUUUACAUGGACUACGUCACCAUCUCUUCCGCCGGCAGUCCUCUUUGAGUUCCAUAGUCCAGUUCGUCACCAUCCUUCUCCGGCCCAGGCAGUGAGGGUAGCAAUGAAGGCGGUGGUGAGGGUGGUUGCAAGGGAGAUGGCAUCUGCACAACUUUCCGGUAAUGCCAAUGCCUCACGGGUUGUAGGAAGAAGUAUAGAAUGUAACACACUCUUAGAUUUUCACCGAAGACUACAUUACUCCAUCCUACAGUAGAAUAGGAGCGCCUAUCUCUUCUGAACAUUGUGACUUCGUACAUUGUCUGACUGAAAGAUAUCAACACCUGCACCGAGUCUUCCACGUUCAGAUCCCAGCCUACCGCUAAACAUAGCGGAGCAAGAUAUUCUCUAAGUUCGGGUUGUGGUGGAACUUUAUAAUUCGUCUUCUUGAGAGCGAGAGGCCUUCUGAUCUCCAGGCAAUUAGCUUUCUUCCUUCAAGAUUUUGUAUAUUUCCUUUCAACUGGCCUUCUCCGCUAGACAUGAAUAGAGGAAUUUCUACUGGGGUCAAAAUCACUGUGGACGCAACUAGGAAAGUCCAAGAGAGUAGAUGGGUUUGGGGUUGUGUUGGCAUAUAUAGUAAUGGGCAACUCCUUAAGGCAAGAUGCAGGAGAGCAGAAGGGGAUUGGACACCAGCAGAGGCAGAGGCAUUGGGAGUGAGAGAAGCUAUAUUAUGGGCUCGAGAAAGUAAAUGGAGGAAUGUCAUUGUUGAGGUUGAUGUGGCUCUCAUUGUUUCUGGGGUUAAAGGAGAGAAAUAUAGUUCUAUAGUGAGGGAGACUUUUGAUGAUAAAAAGGCACUUCUAAAUGAAGAAGAAAAUAUUUAUGUGCAAUGGUGUAGAAGGUCAACAAAUCAAGUUGCUCAUGCUCUAGUUAAAAUGACUUUUUCUAUGUAUGGUUGUGUUAGAAUUUUUUAUUUCCUAUCCAGUUUUAAUGUAAGCCAGAUGGCCAACAAUCAAUUAAAUUAAUAUAUUUGGUGAUUUACCAUUAAA